GGCGGGAGGGCCAGGCGGCGGGCGGCAGCGGCCGCGCUCAGUCCGGCCGCUCAGCGGGAGGGAGGCGCGAGGCAGGAGCUGGCGGCUGGGCUCGGCAGCGCGUCCAGCGCAGCGCGGCGCCACGGGCCCGGCCCCAUGCCCGAAGCCCCGCCGGACCACUCUUGAGCGCGGGCGCCCAGCCCGCGCCCCCCUCCCGCCGGCACCAUUGCCCCGACGGCGCGGCCGGGCGGGCCGGCGCUCCCCAGGCUCCGCGCCGGCCGGAAAACGCUGCUGGCGGCCGCCGCGGGCGUGGUAAUGCUGCUGGUGCUGGUGGUCCUCAUCCCCGUGCUGGUGAGCUCGGGCGGCCCGGACGGCCACUAUGAGAUGCUAGGCACCUGCCGCAUGGUGUGCGACCCCUACCCCGCGCGGGGCCCCGGUGCCGGCGCGCGGCCCGACGGCGGCGACGCCCUGAGCGAGCAGAGCGGCGCGCCCCCGCCCUCCACGCUGGUGCAGGGCCCCCAGGGGAAGCCGGGCCGCACAGGAAAACCCGGCCCCCCAGGACCCCCUGGGGAUCCGGGUCCUCCGGGCCCCAUGGGGCCGCCGGGGGAGAAGGGUGAGCCAGGCAAGACCGGACCUCCCGGGCUGCCGGGAGCAGGGGGUAGCGGCGCCAUCAGCACAGCCACCUACACCAUGGUUCCGCGCGUGGCCUUCUACGCUGGCCUCAAGAACCCUCACGAGGGUUACGAGGUGCUCAAGUUCGACGACGUGGUCACCAAUCUAGGCAACAACUACGACGCGACCAGCGGCAAGUUUACGUGCAACAUUCCUGGCACCUACUUUUUCACCUACCAUGUUCUCAUGCGCGGCGGCGACGGCACCAGUAUGUGGGCGGACCUCUGCAAGAACGGCCAGGUGCGGGCCAGCGCCAUUGCCCAGGACGCAGACCAGAACUACGACUACGCCAGCAACAGCGUGAUCCUGCAUCUGGACGCGGGCGAUGAGGUCUUCAUCAAGCUCGACGGAGGCAAAGCGCACGGCGGUAACAGCAACAAAUACAGUACAUUCUCCGGCUUCAUCAUCUACUCCGAUUGAGCUUCCCGCGCACCUCUCCGUGCCCUAUCCCUGCGGGCUCCCCUCCCGGACCGCUCCCCUCGCUGCCGGCUCUCCCCGGCUGUGACGCCCCGGCCCGCCCUCAGCACCAACAGGGCGCAGCUAGGCCCUCCCGCCGCCUUGCCGCAGAGCCGGGUCCAGCGCCCUCCGUCCCGGUCCCCGGGAGGCGGUGUUGAGCGCCCCCGCCCCGGCCCGCGCUGUACAUUUGUACAAUAGAACUGUUUAUUCCCCACCCUGCCCCCCAGCCCACCGCAGCCUGGGGACAGGUCUCGGCAGUGUCGCUUCCCCGCUCGGAUGCGCUGUGCCCGCGCUGCGGGGUGGCAGCCUGGGGGAGGAGUGGGCUAGAGGCUGGAUAGCUUCCCAGCACCCACUAAAGCCCCGUCCGGCUGCGCUCCGUCUGACCAAAGCUGUAAUAAAAACACUUCCACCCCACUUGCUUUGAGUCUGUGC